AUGGCAAUCCGAAGUGUUUGCGUCGUCCUUGCGCUGCUUUGUAUAUGCCUCAGAGAGGGCGGAGCAGUGACAUUCACGUUCCUGAACCGGUGCACGGGGACGGUGUGGCCGGGCAUCCUGUCCAACGCCGGGACGGCGAGGAUCGAGCCCACGGGCUUCGCGCUCCCGCCCGGCGCGGCGCGCGCGCUGCCGUUCCCGACCGGCUGGUCCGGACGGAUGUGGGCGCGCACGGGCUGCGCGCAGGACGCGGCCGGGCGGUUCUCCUGCGCCACGGGCGACUGCGGCACCGGCACGCUGGAGUGCUCCGGGCGGGACGGGGCGACGCCCGCGACGCUGGCGGAGUUCACGCUGGACGGCGGCGGGCACAACGACUUCUACGACGUGAGCCUGGUGGACGGCUACAACCUGCCGAUCCUGGUGGAGCCCGCGGGGAGCAGCGCGACCGGCACGACGUGCGCGGCCGCGGGCUGCUCGGCGGACCUGAACCUGCGGUGCCCCGCGGAGCUGCGGUCGGCGGGCGGCGGCGCGUGCCGGAGCGCGUGCGACGCGUUCGGCAAGCCCGAGUACUGCUGCAGCGGCGCGUUCGCCAACCCCAACACCUGCCGCCCCACCGCCUACUCGCAGGCGUUCAAGCUGGCGUGCCCGCGCUCCUACAGCUACGCCUUCGACGACCCCACCAGCACCUUCACCUGCGCCGGCGGCCGCGACUACACCAUCACCUUCUGCCCCGUCGCCACCCCAAGCCUGAAAUCGGCGGGUGGGGCGACGGUGGUGCCGACGCCGACGUUGCCGGGCUCGACAGGGUUCGCGCCCCCGGUGAUGCCGAGGCAGGCAGGCGGCCAAGCCGACGGCCAGGGCGUGAUACUUGGGGACAACUCCUGGCUCGCCAACAUGGCCACCGGCGACAUGUCGGCGGCGACGCCGAGGACGACGGCGAUGAUCCCGGCCGCGCCGCUCGCACUACUCUUCCUCCGGCUGCUUCUAUAG